GCGCUUUCACCACAACUGGUUUUCACAAAACAACUGCGCAGACAAUAACAACACACAAAACGAUACAACAAGAUGAAGUUCGUUUCCGCGAUUGCCACUGCCGCCUGUUUGGUAGCUUCCACCAAUGCCUUCACUCCUUCGGCUACAGCUAAGUCGUCGACCGCUCUCAACCUUGCUGUCGGAGAAGCUGCCCCUGACUUUUCCCUUGUGGACCAAAACGGAAAGACUAUCAAGCGAUCCUCCAUCAAGAAGCCCCUCGUUGUUUACUUCUAUCCAGCUGACUCGACCCCGGGUUGCACAAAGCAAGCUCAGGGAUUCAAUGCUCGCAUUGAAGAAAUCCGCAAGACGUACGGAGCCGACGUCGUAGGAAUCUCUGGACAGGGCGUCGAAUCCAAGCAGGAAUUUGCCCAGAAGGAAGGCCUUACCUUUUCGAUCCUUGCCGACGAGAACGACGCUGUGCGAAAGGAAUUUGGUGUCCCGAAGGCUGCCUUCGGACUGUUCCCAGGUCGCGUCACUUAUGUAUUGGACAAGAACGGAGAGUGCGUUAUGGUCUACGACGACCUCGCAAAGGCCGAAGCCCACAUUGAUGAAGCCGUUAAAGCUCUCGAUGAAAUCAAGAGUGCUAGCGGCUCCAAGGGAGGUUUCAAGCUUCCCAUGUUUUCAUAAUCCUAAAUUUGUCCGAACCAAAUCGGUCUGCUGGCGCGACGAGUGGGAAAAAUAGUAACUAAAUUAACCAACGCAAG